AGCAAUGCGAGAGAUGACAGCGUCCAGUCGCUCGACACGAGGAGAAACAGACGCACGUACGAUGUUCCUACUCCUUGCAUGUCUACUGGCCGCCGCGGUCGCCGCGCCGACUCACGAUCAAAGACAGGAAGGCGAUUACAACGUUGGAGUUGAUUUGCAAAAUGUCGUCGUUAUAAUCGGCUUACCAAAAAAAUUGCCUUUCGGCACUCUUCUUGAUCUUUUUACACGAAACUCGAAAUCGGGAAAUGACAACAUUCAAGCACAGGACAGGGCCGAUACUCAUGUAAUGAAGGCCUUCGUAGAACCUAAUACACCAUAUCGAGUAGACAUCGAUUCCGAAAGUGAGAGGUCUGUCAGCGGCGAUGGUAUUAGCGAACACGACAGCGAGGUAGUCAUCGCUGGUCGGCGGCGACUCGAAACGGAGCCAUUGCAUCAGGAAGACGAAAUGAAGCUUAUAGGAGCGACGGAACAGUGUGGUCCUGACCGCGAGAGAGAUCCAGUGACUCUUACUUGUCGUUUCCGAGUCGAUGCCGUUCCAGAAAAAACACCCGAAGUUGUUCUUGCUACUGUAUAAUUUAAUUCCGUCUAUAUAGCUAAGUUAAUUUAUUUAUUGCGCUUUAAAUUUGUGAUUAACUGUAAAUUAUCUUCAUACGAAUAAAAUAUACUUUAUAAGCAA